GAACAACAUGUCCAUAUCUUCGAUAGACUUUCAGUAUUGACACAGACAGAGAUUUGACAGCGUGAAGAAGAGUCGACAAAACGAUCGGCUACAUCAAGAUGAAGUGUCCUGGCUGUGGUUACCAAGUGGAAAGAUCGUCAAAAUUUUGCAGUGAAUGCGGAUUGAGGUUAGCUGCUCAAAUUUGCACCACAGGUGGGACCACUUCAGAGCAUCAAACAUCUGUGGUCCGUGAAGCAGAGCCCCAGACGGAGGCUGCGCCACUGACGUGGGCAGGGAACAAGACCGACGCGCCUACGAAACACUCCAGUGAAGAACCAGGGGGCAAUGUCAAGAAAAAGAGUGGAGGCUCUUCCAGCGCUAUUGAGCUGAGCACUGACACACGUCAAGAGAAAGAUGAGUUGUCUGGCAGUGAGAGCUCUACUUCAGCGGUGGAUGACCCUCCUGUCAACACCGCCACACCUACUGGCCCUCCUGUCAACACCGCCACACCUACUGACCCUCCUGUCAACACCGCCACACCUACUGACCCUCCUGUCAACACCGCCACACCUACUGGCCCUCCUGUCAACACCGCCACACCUACUGGCCCUCCUGUCAACACCGCCACACCUACUGACCCUCCUGUCAACACCGCCACACCUACUGGCCCUCCUGUCAACACCGCCACACCUACUGGCCCUCCUGUCAACACCGCCACACCUACUGACCCUCCUGUCAACACCGCCACACCUACUGGCCCUCCUGUCAACACCGCCACACCUACUGGCCCUCCUGUCAACACCGCCACACCUACUGGCCCUCCUGUCAACACCGCCACACCUACUGGCCCUCCUGUCAACACCGCCACACCUACUGGCCCUCCUGUCAACACCGCCACACCUACUGGCCCUCCUGUCAACACCGCCACACCUACUGGCCCUCCUGUCAACACCGCCACACCUACUGGCCCUCCAACCAUGCCUAUAGCAUCUCCAAACCCAUCCCCACACCAGACACUGCCAGAAGACCAGGUCAAGGGUCCAUCGAAGGCAAACGUAGACGCACCAGUGAAUGAGCCAAACCAACCUAGUCCUACAUCAGUCACACAGGCCUCAUCCACACCCGAGACAGCUGAUCAGAACACAGGAGGACGUGCCUCAGACCCAACUCAACCAGCCAGUAAACUCUUGGAUAAGGAAGACCUGAAGGGGACGUCACACGGGUCAACGGAGCCAUCAAAAAGCCUUGAUGGUAAAGGUAACACAGAGGUUAGAGUUCUAAAUGAACUGAAGACCUCUAGUAACCAGACCGACGAGAAUAUAACAAAUGAAGCAAACUCAAAGAAGUGUGUUGACCAAUCCCAAGUAUCCCUUGGUGAUCAGAGGGGUUCUGACCCAACAGAUGAGCCAAACACUAGUCAAACACAAUCUACUAGUCCAGCUCCCUCAGUAACACAGGAGGUGCCUGAGAAGACAUCUAAGAGAAAAGAACAGAACAGAACAGAACCUGCCUCAGGUCCAAAUCAAUCAGUAGGGCAGUUGUCAUAUAAAGACGCUCUGGUGGGGACCUCUCAGGAGACGGGAGAUCUGAGCAGGAAAAAUGAAGCAAACUCACAGAACUUUGUUUUUGGAUCCCACAAGGCAGAGGCUAAUGACAAGCCUCAAGAAUCAAGACAAAUGGCUUCCAAGCCAAACAAGGAACCAGAGAUGCUGAGUAAUACAGGUGGUGGUGAUACCUCCAAGACAUCGACUAUUGACGCCACAGUUGCAGGGAAAGAUCUGCCUCCGAACCAACGUAAUGAAUACUGCUUCCAACAUCAGCCACUGCCACCUCAGCUGCCACCAAGAACACAACAGGUCCCUAGGAGUGAUGACCUCACCAUCUAUUUCCAUGCUGUCAUUUCCAAAGACUUCAAACUGAACUCAACUGACCGGAUAUUCUUAAGAUCUGGAAGUCUUUUUGGAUCUUGGGACAUAGAUGGCCCAGAAAUGUUUGUCACCCGAGAUUUGGGGAAAGAUAUAGUCCUUGUUGCAGGACGAAUGGUGAUUCCCGACAGGAGUAAGAUUCGCUCCAUACCCUAUAAAUAUUUUGUUUAUAGUAAGUGGAAUGGGAAGCACUAUGAUCACGGUACAUAUGAGCACAUCUACCAGACAAACUCCAGGUAUAUUGUCAACAGGUGCCUGUCCAUCAAUCAAGAUCUUUUGACACAUGAAGGUACAGUUGAGUGUCUAAUUCCAAAUACUGCACUUGUAAUUCCAACACAUUUUUGUUGAGAUAAGGUUAGACCAGGGGUGGGCAACUGCCGGCCUGCGGCCCCUUUUGAAGUCCCUUGGAUAUAUAUAUCCUAAACUUAUUUGGGGGGAAUUCAGUCGGGGUCUCAAUUUACUGAUGCAAGUGAAAAUAGUAGAAUACACAAGGUGCAAUUUUGAAAUGUGGUUGUGUAUCAGCAGUUUUUCUCUUAUGGCAGUCACUGAUAGUCAGUCAAUUAGCCAAUGUCAGCAAAAACAAAUGUCUUGCUAAGUUAGUUUAGCGGCCAUCUAUCAUGGUCGAAUUGAUUUAGUGACAAAAUGAGUAGAAUUGCAUGUAAUUUGUUAUUUUCUACAUUGUAGAAUAAUAGUGAAGACAUCAAAACUAUGAAAUAACACCUAUGGGAUCAUGUAGUAACCAAAAAAGUGUUCAAAGUAGCCACACUUUGCCUUGAUGACAGCUUUGCACACUCUUGGCAUUCUCUCAACCAGCUUCAUGAGGUAGUCACCUGGAAUGCAUUUCAAUUAACAGUUGUGCCUCGUUAAAAGUUCAUUUGUGGAAUUUAUUUCUUCCUUAAUGCGUUUGAGCCAAUCAGUUGUGUUGUGACAAGGUAGGGGUGGUAUACAGAAGUUAGCCCUAUUUGGUAAAAUACCAAGUCCAUAUUAUGGCAAGAACAGCUCAAUAGUUUUUUAAUUUAACCUUUAUUUAACUAGGCAAGUCAGUUAAGAACAAAUUGUUAUUUACAAUGAUGGCCUAACCCGGACGACGCUGGGCCAAUUGUACGCCGCCCUAUGGGACUCCCAAUCACGACCGGUUGUGAUACAGCCUGGAAUUGAACCAGGGUCGUUAGUGACGCCUCUAGCACUGAGAUGCAGUGCCUUAGAACGCUGCGCCACUCGGGAUCAAAGAGAAACGACCCUCCAUCACUUUUUUAUGACAUGAAUGUCAGUCAAUCCGGAAAAUUAAUGUGCAGUCGCUCUCAUGAGGCCUGCCACAGGAACUGCACCUCAGAUUGCAGCCCAAAUAAAUGCUUCACAGAGUUCAAGUAACAGACACACCUCAACAUCAACUGUUCAGUGGAGGCUCCUUGAAUCAGACGUUUAUGGUCGAUUUGCUACAAUGAAACCACUACUAGAGGACACCAAUAGGAAGAUACUUUCUUGGGCCAAGAAACACGAGCAAUGGACAUUAGAUCGGUGGAAAUCUGUCCUUUGGUCUGAUGAGUCCAAAUGUGAGAUUUUUGUUUCCAACACGUGUAGUUCCCACCCGUGAAGCAUGGGUAGGAAGUGUGGAGUGGAGUGCUUUGUUGGUGACACUGUGUGAUUUAUUUACAAUUCAAGGCACACUUUUAACCAGCAUGGCUACCACAGCAUUCUGCAGCGAUUACACCAUCCCAUCUGGAUUGUGCUUAGUGGGAC